AUGGCUCCAAGAAUCGCAACCUUUUUGUCCAUUGCUCUGUCUCUGUGGACCUUGGUGGCAGCCGAGUCAAUUCCCAAGACGGACUACGAUGUCAUCGUUGUUGGUGGUGGUCCCUCGGGUCUCAGUGCCCUGAGUGGCGUCUCUCGCGUGCGGAGAACUGCGUUGCUCUUCGACAGCCAGGAGUACCGCAAUGGCCCCACGCGUAACAUGCACGAUGUCAUUGGCAAUGAUGGUAAUAUUCAUACACUUAUCUUGCACUCCCCCGCCGAGUUUCGUGCCCUGGCUCGCGAGCAGAUCCUCAAGUAUCCCACGGCUCAUAUCAAGAACGCGACCGUCAAGUCGAUCACUUCCAUUGGUACUGACGCAGUCACUGCAUUCUCUGUUGUCGAUGCCUCUGGAAGGAACUACACUGCUCGUAAGAUCGUUCUCGGCACCGGCAUGCGGGAUGUACUUCCUGAUACUCCCGGUUUGAAGGAAGCCUGGGGCAAGGGUAUCUUCUGGUGCCCUUGGUGUGAUGGCUACGAGCACCGUGAUCAGCCCUUUGGUAUUCUCGGCAACCUGUCUGAUGUGCUUGGCAGUGUUUUGGAGGUGAACACUCAAUUCUCCGACAUCAUUGCGUUCGUCAACGGGACCCAGACGCCGGAUGGAGAGGCCCAGGCCACUGCAUCACACGCAGAUUGGAAGGAACAGCUCAAGGCUUGGAACAUCCAGAUCGAGAACCGCACCAUAGCUUCCAUCGAGCGCCUUCAGGAUGGUGAGACGCACCAGAACAAGACCACUGAUAUGCAGUUUGACAAAUUCCGGGUGCACUUCACCACCGGCGAGCCCGUCGAGCGCAGCGCCUUCAUCACCAACUUUGCGGCGGUGCAGCAAUCUUCGCUGCCGUCACAGCUGCAUCUAAACGUCACCAAGGAGAAGAUUGUUGUCGACGCCAGUAGCAUGCGCACCAACGUCACGGGUGUCUAUGGAGUCGGCGAUGCCAACAGUGAUGGCAGCACUAACGUGCCCCACGCCAUGUUCUCUGGCAAGAAGGCCGCUGUCUAUCUUCAUGUGCAACUGUCUCGUGAGGACUCCGCGUCUAAGGUCUCCAAGCGCACUGGCUUGAGUCAGCGCGAGUUGGAGAAGGAGGCUACCCGGGCUAUUGGCCGUAACCUCGAGCCCCAGUGGGAGAAGAUCCAGAAACGUAACUGA